UUGAAUAAUGUUAUUUGUCUAUACAACACACAAAUAAAAACAGAAAAAACUACAAAUUACAGGCGACUAGAUAUUCCACUUAUACUCUACAAGAGGAAAAUGAAAUUCUGUUGUGCCAAAUUAUACUGUGCAAGGGUAAACCUGAGAGAGCAUACUCUAUACAAUGUAUUUUUAUUUCUAAAGCAAAUAUCCUUACCACGGAACUUUAAAUUGCAAUACUUUCUGCCUAACAUCUUUAUGAGUCUCUUGCAGCUAAUAUUAGAGGGGCACGAAUUGUGAGCAUAUAUAGUUUGUUCGCCUUAUAGUAAAUAAUGUACAUACCAUGGGCUACAGAAUAUCUUGUUUUGUUU